UCGUUCACACCGAUUAGGAGGAAAAAAAAAAAAAAAAAAAAAAAAAAAAGCUAUCGAUUCAACCUUAUCUAUGCCUACAUUGUUUGAAUCCCAUCAUGACGAUCUUCGAAGGUUGCUAAAUACCAGAUUACGCGCCAAAUAUUGUUUCUUGCUUGUGCUCGAUUGUUGGGCAUGUCGGGGAAAAAAUUAGUUUCAAGAAUUUUUUAUGACCUGUUCCCUAGUCCCCAUUGAAAUGUUCGAUAGGUAUUAUAGCUCUGGCAAUGACAUUCACAGUUUAUUCCUGACUCGACAUUCUUCGAAAUGCAGUUAGUAUCAAAUGAUCUUGAUAAAGAAGAUAUAUCAGAAUGUGAGCCCAUCUUAUGUCAAUCUGACUUAUCACAAAGAUCUAUAGAAUCGUCUUCAUCAUUUGAAAUUACGUCUUCGGGAGGGGAUCAUGCUGUUAUUCAUGAAGUAGAUUUAGAAGAUAUCCAUGUCGACGAAAACUCUCGCCUGGUGACUACAGAGCAGCUGCAAUGCCGUAUAUGCCUUGAGAUUGGAGGAGAAGACUUGAUUGCUCCUUGCAACUGCAAAGGCACCCAGAAGUAUGUUCAUAGAUCAUGUCUUGAUAAUUGGAGAUCAACGAAGGAGGGCUUUGCUUUUGCUCACUGUACAGAAUGCAGGGCGGUAUUCGUAUUACGUGCAAAUGUGCCCCCUGACCGUGGGUGGUUGAGAUGGAAAUUUCGGUUCCUUGUUGCUAGGGAUUAUGCAUUCAUUUUCAUUAUUGUUCAGCUGAUUGUGGCAUUCUUAGGGGUGCUGGUGUAUAAAUUUUAUGGAGAGGAACUGCGGGAAAUGUUUGGUUAUGAAGAACAUCCUUAUGGGUUCUAUACUAUGGCUAUUUUAGCUGUUGUUUUGGUGGGUUUGCUCUAUGGUUUCUUCAUAGCCAUAAUAUGUGGACAGAGGAUCACUGAACGCCAUUAUCAUGUUCUUGCCAAACAAGAACUAACAAAGGAAUAUGUUGUAGAAGAUCGUGAAGAUAAGAACGUGCCUGAACUCGACCCUGAUCAUGUCAAAGAGCUGACAAUGUUAGGCCUCUAUUAAUUAAUCUGCAUGAAUUAAGGCCCGGUUGAAGUUAGUCUUUGCAAUUCUCCACAUAUUUUUCUGCUUUGCAGUCAAAUAUCGACUCAAAACCUGAAACCGGAAAUAUACAUUUUAUCGUCAUCAAGUGUAUGUUUUCUCCAAUGUGUUGUUAAAUGUAUUUUUGAUUUAUUGGUGUUGUGGAGUUUUGUCCUUUGUCACAACAUUACUAUGAGACAUUUUCCACGAAACUAUGUUGAUUCAGUAGAAAAUCAUAUUUUUUAUGUAUCUUUGGGUUUUGUACAUACUAUUAAAUCCAUAUAGAUUUCAAAUUGAAAAGAACACGAAUUUAGAUUCUGGUAUAUGGGAAAAGAUGGUUUAAAUUUCUUA